CCCGGAGGCCGGAGGUGGGAAAGUCGAGAGACUUGGGAGGUGUGCGUGGAAGCAGUGGGGGAAAUUGUGCGGCGGGAGAAAUCCCAUUGUUUCUGAAUAGUCAGAUAUUGGGAACGAAGUACUCAUCAUGGCUGAGCUGUCAACUGAAGAAAUUCAAUUGAGGGCCAAUCAGGUUACCGAUGAAUCUUUGGAAAGCACAAGGAGGAUUCUAGGCAUGGCCAUUGAGUCCCAAGAUGCAGGAAUCAAAACCAUCACCAUGCUAGAUGAACAAGGGGAGCAGCUAACCCGUAUAGAAGAAGGCAUGGACCAGAUAAAUAAAGACAUGAGAGAAGCUGAGAAGAACUUGACAGAGCUCAACAAGUGUUGUGGCCUUUGUGUCUGCCCUUGGAAUAGAACGAGGAACUUUGAGUCUAAUAAGUCUUAUAAGGCAACUUGGGGUAAUAGUGUCGAAAAUUCAGAUCAUGUGGUAUCUAAACAACCAGCAGGUGCGGUAAAUUCUCAGCAGCAGACAUCAGGAGGACCAUCUGGGGGUUACAUUGCACGGGUAACAAAUGAUGCCAGAGAGGAUGAGAUGGACGAAAACCUAACUCAAGUGGGAAACAUCCUGGGGAAUCUGAAACAUAUGGCUUUGGAUAUGGGCAAUGAAAUAGAUACACAAAACAAACAGAUAGACCGGAUAAAUGAGAAGGCUGAAACCAACAAAGACCGUAUUGACCAAGCCAAUGUGAAAGCCAAAAAACUAAUUGAGAACUAAAAGCCUGAUGCCAAUUCUUUAUCCAGCUGAAAUGCCUAUUUCAGUGUACAAAACUUCCACAAUUUCCAAAGAAGAGGGGUCGCAGAAUUCCAAAGCAGAAAUGGAGCAGGAAUUGCAUCAUAAACCCUUCUUGGUUUCAUGAAUACAGACUUGGGAUGAAAAUCUGGGAAAGCAGCACAAUAGAAAUUUGUCUUUCUUGGCCUUUUUGUAUAUUCUCAGGGCUUCAUAUUCUGGUUGAGUCUUUCCAUGGUCUCUUCUCCUUUCAUUACUUCUGUUUCCCCCCUUCACAGUUGAAUGGUGACAACUGAGCAAAAAGCUGAAAAAAAUGUACUUCACGGGAUUUAAUUACCUCGCUUAAUGCUGCAUAUCAUAGCUAAAAUGGUGAACUGGUGACUUUCAUGAACCGUGUCUUAAAUUAAUCAAGCUGCCCAUAGUUUUAGAAGUUCUUUACUUCUUUAUCAUGCCUUACAUGAUAGGAGGGAUGGAGGAAACUUGUACUAGUUGGAACAUGUGGUUUAGUGGCUGCUAUUUUGGCGAAUGGGGUUGUAAAAUCAAGAUUGUAGACAUGAAAGAUGUAAAAUGGAGAGAACUGCAAUGCCACCAGUGAAUUUCUUAGCCAUAGUAAGUCUCCCUUGGAUGCUGAGGAGACAAAUGAUCAAAUUACACUAUAUUUUUGGUCAAGCAUGUAUAAUUUGUAAAUACAACAUAUUCAGAUCAUUAGGGUUGUAUUCCCAGUUUCCACACUGGGUGAUGGUGUUUAGUAGUAUGCACCAAUCCAAAUCUCUUCCGCUUCUUCCAGAGAGGCUUUACAGUUACCUGAGGAAUUCAGUGGGCAAUACAGCACUUGAGUUUCUAUCCCUCUGAGCACAUCAAUAAACACUUUUGGGUGAUUGCAGGCAAAGCACUUCAGGGGAAAGGCCCUGACACAGUGUGCGACUCACUUGAAACACCCUUCAUAAUUAAAAUUUUAUGUUUCUAUUUAAAUUGAAUCUUCUGGAAAACUCAUCUUCAUAUAGGCAUUUUUUGUAUCUUUUGAAAAAUCAAGGUUGGUAAAACUUCUUUCAAAGCGUAAAGCUGAAUGAAAGCUGGUUUGUUUACUAAAGAAUGUCCCUUCAGUUCACACCUUCUGUAUCUAAUGGAGUAUAUAAAACCUACUUCUGGAGAACACUGCCUUGGUAUCUUAUUAAAAAUCAUUUGCAUAGUUUCUAGGAACACAUCAGAAGCUGAGCACAGCCCGUGCUCUAAUGGAGGUUAAUUCUGCUCAUUAAUGAGUUAGCAUCUACUGCUGCUUGGGGAGACACUGAGUUGUAAAUUAUUCUGGAUACUCACCAAGUAAUGGGUCUGUAUAUGUGAGUAAGAUCGUCUUUAGGAAACUGGCAUACUGUAGAAUAUAGCUGUCUCAUACUUUCUGGCUGGAACCAUUUGUUUGAGCCUUGCCUGUAUUGAAGUACACGUGUCUAAAGUCAGUGCUGAAAGUCAGCUGAGACUGAAUCUAUUAAUGUGUAUCAUACAUUCUGGCUCAGUGUAACUCAGGCCUGUGCAGGCUGUUUCCUACCAAGCUUGAACGUAAUCUGUCAACUUCGUGUGGCUUGCUCGGCACUCAACCAUUUUUUGCAAUCUCAGGCAGGUAGCAAGAAGAUGGCCAUACAUGGCUCAUGGUAGACUAUGCUGAGUUUCGGUUACAAUUACAUAGGUCUGCUGUAGUAAAUGGUUGGCACAUGGAUCAUUUUAGGAUUAAGGUGCUGAUCUAGCAAUCUAAUUGUAUACGAGAGUGAUUAUUUAGUGCAAGAAUUUGUUUAAUUUUUAAAGAGCUUUAAAUUUUCAGGCUUGUCUUACAAAGUUUUAAUUCACCCUUGUAAUAAGGAAUUUAAUAAACAGUACCUCCUGUCCGUCCCCCACACACACGCACACGGAGAGAAGAAAUUGGCUUUGUGCUUUCUGGCUACACUGAACAAAAUACUGUGCAAGAAAACCAUGAACUGAUCAUACUAGUUUGAAUCCACUGGAGAAUUUCCACACCAAUGGGGAUGGGUUGCCAAUUCCUGCCUCCCACAGCAGGCUUUCAGCUUCCGUCAUGCUGUUCCUGAGGAUCUCCCGUCCCCCAGAAACCACAUUUCAGAGGGUAUCAGGCUGCACACAGUGAAGGGACAAGUCACAGUCCACAUACGGGAAAAGUCUGCCAGGAAGGCAUUUAAAACAGUUUGGCUUGCUGCACUCUAAUUUUUCUUUAAUUGACGAAGGACUAUCCUAUUUGUUUGCCCUCCUGCAAAAGAAGUUCAAUUGAGCCAUAAUGUCUCUGCAGGGACAAAGCUGGGUCUUGGGUGUCAACUGUCAAGGGAAUGAAGGCCUGCUCAUCUGUGUAGGUAGCAGCUUCAUACCUCACUCUUUAAUUUUAGUGUUUACCAUAUUGCGUUUCGUUAUUUCUAAUUUUCCUCAUAUCGGAAAUGUUUUUAAAGAUAACUGCUGGGAAUGGAAAAAUAAACAAAUCUACAAAUCUUGCUAGUCUAUUCUAGAAACUCAAAGAGAACUCUCUUUUGACUUACUACUUUAUGUGAGACUUGAGCUACAGCCACUUGUAUUCUGAGUAAAAUGUUGUUGUGUAACAGCAGAGCACAUUUCCUCGUUGUGAAUUCCUUGGAAGCCAUGUGCAGUAUGCAUGUCAGUGUGACAGAGCACUUCAGUACAGGUAGUAUAAUUGUCUGCUUUUGUACGUAAUUGAUACAACUAUAUGGAUUUUUGAAGAAUGCAACUAAGCAAGCUGUACUAUAAAACGGUUGGCCUUCCUGUGUUGCCUGGCUAAACUGUGAUGCAGUAAA